AUGGGCAAGCUUCUGAUUUGUGUUGGACUGGCUUUUCUGCUGCAUGUGCAGCUAGGAUCCUCCUACAUCCUGUCCUGUUACUUUACCAACUGGGGACAGUACCGGCCUGGAGCAGGAAAGUACUUCCCAACCAACGUUGACCCAUGCCUAUGUGACCAUAUGAUCUAUGCUUUUGCUGGCAUGAACAACAAUGAGCUUGCUACCUACGAGUGGGACGAUGUGAAACUCUAUGGAGAAUUUCAGGCCCUGAAGAACCAAAACAGCAAUCUGAAGACCCUGCUGGCUAUUGGAGGCUGGAACUUCGGGACUGCAAAAUUCUCUGCCAUGGUGUCUUCCUCUGCUACUCGUCAGACCUUCAUCAGCUCUGUGAUCAAGUUCCUUAGGCAGUAUGAGUUUGAUGGUUUGGAUAUUGACUGGGAGUACCCUGGUUCCCGUGGCAGCCCUGCUCAGGACAAACAACUCUUCACUACCCUGGCUCAGGAAAUGCUGGCUGCUUUUGUGGCUGAGGGCAAGCAGACCAACCGUCCUCGUCUUAUGCUGACCGCUGCUGUCUCCGCUGGCAAGAGUACCAUUGACUCCGGAUACCAGAUUGCCGAACUUGGCCAGGUUCUUGAUUACUUCCAUGUCAUGACCUAUGACUUCCAUGGCUCCUGGGAGCAGCAGACUGGAGAGAACAGCCCUCUGUAUGGUGGAACAUCUGAUCAGGGAUCUUACAUCUACUUCAAUGUUAACUAUGCCAUGAACUACUGGAAGAGUAAUGGUGCCCCUGCCGAGAAGCUGCUUGUUGGUUUUCCCACAUAUGGACACACCUGGAGGCUGGCCGGCUCCAGCACUGGUGUUGGAGCUCCUGCUGCUGGACCUGGACCUGCUGGAACCUACACCAGACAGUCUGGAUUCUGGGCUUACUAUGAGAUCUGUACCUUCCUGGCUCAAGGAGCCACACAGGGUUGGGAUGACCCACAGGAUGUGCCAUAUGCCUACAACAAUGGUAUCUGGGUUGGCUAUGAUAACAUUAAGAGCUUCCAGAUCAAGAUUGACUGGCUUAAAAAGAACAACUUUGGUGGAGCUAUGGUGUGGUCUUUGGACCUGGAUGACUUCAGUGGCACCUUCUGUAAACAGGGCAGAUACCCUCUGAUUAACACCAUUAAGAGUGGACUGGGAACUAGCCAGAGUUGCACUGCUCCUGCCCAGCCUCUGCCGCCCGUCACUCCCGCCCCAGCUACUGCUGCUCCAAGUGGCGGUGGAAGCAGUGGUGGAAGCAGUGGUGGAAGCAGCGGUGGCAGCGGUUUCUGUGCUGGAAAGGCCAACGGACUUUACCCCAACCCCACCAACAAGAACCAGUUCUACAACUGCGAUGCGGGCAAGACCUACCUGGAGCACUGUGCCACUGGCCUGGUCUUCGAUUCUAGCUGCUCUUGCUGCAACUGGUCUUAA